AUGUCUGAUUUUGAAAAAUUCGUUAGUAUAUUUGAAAAUUCGGUUAAACUUGGUUUUUUUUUGAAAAAUCAUGGUACUUUGAGUCAUUCGGUUGCAAAUUUAGGUUCUUUAGUUGAUAUCAGAUUGGAGGGUAGUCAUACCAAUGGCGUAGUGCCUAGUAAUUGGACCAGUUUGAUGAAUAUGAAAUUAAUUAGUUCUGAUCACAUUGAUCUCAAUGCUGCGGCUGCUGCUGGUUUAACCGUCGCAGAGGUCACAGGAAGCAACACAAUAUCUGUUGCUGAGGAUGAGCUCAUGAGAAUUCUCAUUCUGGUGAGGAAUUUUGUGCCUGGUUACCAUCAGUCUAUUACAGGAGAAUGGGAUGUUGCUGGCAUUGCACAUAGAGCCUAUGAUCUUGAAGGAAAGACGAUAGGAACGGUGGGUGCUGGACGAAUCGGGAAGCUUUUACUCCAAAGGCUGAAACCUUUUAACUGUAACCUUUUUUAUCAUGAUAGACUUAAGAUGGAGCCUAAAUUGGAGAAAGAAAUUGGAGCUAAGUUUGAAGAGGACCUCGAUACAAUGCUUCCAAAGUGCGAUGUAAUUGCUCCAACAAAGUUACCAGAUACAGAGAGAUGGUUAGAGGGAUUUGCAACCUUAACAUUGCUCAAAUGCUUUCUGCAGAAUGAAAAGCCAGGAAGUGAAUGA